ACCUCUGAGCUCUCUCUCUCUCUCUCCGUGUGUGAGUUCAGGAAAAUGGCUGAAGCCAGUAUUUCAGUAGAUCAGUUUUCAGUGGAUCAGUUCAUCUGUCCAGUGUGUCUGGAUCUCCUGAAGGAACCGGUGACUAUCCCCUGUGGUCACAGUUUCUGUAAGGUGUGUAUUAAUGACUUCUGGGAUCAGGAGGACAUGAAGGGUGUCUACAGCUGUCCUCAGUGCAGAGACACUUUCACUCCAAGGCCUGUUCUACGCAGGAACAACAUGCUGGAUGAAGUGGUGGAGAAACUGAAGAAGACUGAAGUCCAAGCUGCUUCUCCUGCUCACUGUUACGCUGGACCUGGAGAUGUGGAGUGUGAUUUCUGCACCGGGAGAAAACUCAAAGCUGUCCAGUCCUGUCUGAUUUGUCUGGCUUCUUUCUGUGAAACUCAUCUCAAACCUCACUAUCUAUCUCCUGCUUUGAAAAAACACACAUUAACUGAAGCCUCAGCAAAACUACAGGAGAAGAUCUGCUCUGAACAUGACAAGCUGAUGGAGAUCUACUGCCGUACUGACCAGACCUGCAUCUGCUUUAUUUGUGCGAUGGAUAAACACAGAGGACACGACACCGUCACAACUGCAGCACAAAGAGCUGAGAAAGAGAGUGAGCUACAGGAGCAGCAGAUGAAAUUCCAGCAGAGGAUCCAGGAGAAGCAGAAGAAGGUGCAGGAGCUGAAACAGACUGUGAACACUAUAAAGCUCAGUGCACAGACAGCAGUAGAUGACAGUGAGAGGAUCUUUACUGAGAUGAUCAGCUCCAUGGAGAAAAAGCGCUCGGAGGUGACGGAGCUGAUCAGAGCUCAGGAGAAGGUUGAACUGAGUCGAGCUGAACGACUCCUGGAGCAACUGGAGCAGGAGAUUGCUGAUCUUCAGAGGAGAGUCACUGAGCUGGAGCAGCUUUCACACACACACGAUCACAUCCAUUUCCUCCAGGCUUUAGCUUCUGGACGUCAGUCUCCUGAAAUACAAAGACCAGACUUUGACAGGUCCAGGCUCACUGCCCCUCAACAUCUGUCAUUUGAUGGAGUGAGGAAUUCUCUCUCAGUUCUGAAGAAGAGACUGGAGGCAUUCUGUGAAAAGGAAUUCUGUGAGGAGGAACUCAACAAGAUCCGUCCAGAUGCAGACUGCAGUGUUUCACCCUCAGAGCCACAGAGCAGAGAAGAUUUUCUGAAAUAUUUCUGUUAUCUGACUCUGGAUCCCGACACGGCUCAUCACAACCUCAUACUGUCUGAGAAGAACAGAGUGGUGAGAAACAGAGAGAGAAAGAUGUCUCACUCUGAUCACCAUCCAGAGAGAUUCGAGUGUUUCUCUCAGGUGUUGUGUAAGGAGAGUGUGUGUGGACGCUGUUACUGGGAGGUGGAGUGGAGCGGUGAGGGCGUGUCCAUAUCAGUCUCAUAUAAAGACAUCAGCAGAAAGGGAGAAGGGAAUGAGUGCAUGUUCGGACUCAAUAAUCGGUCCUGGAGUCUGUGGUGUUCUUCUCUCUCCUUCUAUCACAACAACGUUAAGACUGAUCUCAGAGUUCCAUCACCCUCCAGAAUAGGAGUGUAUGUGGAUCGCAGUGCAGGAACUCUGUCCUUCUACAGCAUCUCGGACACCAUGAAGCUCCUCCACAGAGUCCACACCACAUUCACUCAGCCUCUAUAUGCUGGCUUUGGGGUUCAUAGAGUAAUCGUGAUGUUAUCUGAUCCAAAAUAAUUGUUAUAAUAUUUGUUAAAGAUUCUAAGUCAUCUUAUAGGAAUGAUUAGUUAAAGAAAAGUCCAGCCAUUCUUAAGUAGGAGGAGUUUAUCAUACACAAUUAAUAACUAUAGACAAAAUGGGAGAGAGUGGAUCAAUCCAUGUAGUGUUAAAUAAACCAGUUAUGUGAUGUGGGGAGGGUGGUGCCACUGACAGGAACUAGAGCCAUCGUACUACACUAACAUGCUGAACAUGUGUGUGCUAGAAUAGUGCAAGGGUUUGAUUUUAUUCAGCACUUUAAAAAUACUUCUUCUUCUUGUUUGGGCUGCUCCAUGUUUGAGGUCACCAGAGGAUCGUUUGGUCCUCAUGUUUCGAUUCAGCAUGGGUUUUACACCAGAUUCCCUUCCUCACACAACCCUCACGUUUAACCCGGGGUUGGGACCGGUGCUCAGAGUUAACUCUUCAGUGGCUGGGUUAGCGUGCUGCCCGGGAAUCGAACCCUGGCCAUGAGCAAUGAGAGCAUGGGAUCCUGCUGCUGGACCACCAACUGCUGUGUUAACAUUAUUCACCUCAUUUAUGGGGAAACCAGGUUUAGCAAGAUUACUCCUAAAAAUAUUUCUGUUAUUAAUUUGUAUUGUACAGCAACAUCACCAAGAACAGGACAGGAGCAGCAGGAACAUCUGUACUGAUUAUUCUCUAAAUAUGAAAAUAAACAUAAAUCAUA